CUCCUCCUCCUCUGUUUUGUUCUUUGUCCGCCAGGAGCUGACGGCGCCGAUCCCGGCCCGUCAUGCUGAUGAGCAGUAGGCUGAAGCGCAUCUUGCGGCUGGUGCCCGGGAAGCAGCGCUUCGGCGUUUACAGGUUCCUGCCCUUCUUCUUCCUCCUCGGGGGAGCGAUGGAGUGGUUCAUGAUCAACGUCCGCAUCGGCAAGGAGACCUUCUAUGAUGUUUACCGAAGGAAACGAUCUGAAAGAGAGUACGAGGCGAGGAUGGCAAAAAAUGAACUUUAGCAGAAACACUUCAAGGGGAAGGUCCUCCAUGCUUCAGCUGUGUUGACACCAGAAAAAGCAUUGGCACCACCGUGAUGGGAGGGGAAGGUUUUGUCUCU